AUGUCGGCCUCAUUAUUCUUGCUUCCCGCUCUGCUACUGGCGGCAGCAGCAGCCACCAGCAAGACGGUUGUGGAGAGCCUCGCCGUGGCUCCUGGCUGCCAGGCGAGCUGCGGCGGCGUGGACAUCCCCUACCCUUUCGGCAUCGGCAGCGGCUGCUUCCGCAAGGGCUUCGAGAUCGACUGCAUCAACAACGGCCCAGUGCUAGCCGGCACCACCCUUCAGGUGGUGUACCUUUCAGUGGAUCCCGCGGAGUCGCUGGUGAUGCUCCCCGUCGCGUGGCAGUGCUACAACGCCUCCAGCCCAGGCGAAGCCGAGGACUACAGCAAUGGCGAGACUGCAGGUAUGAAGAAGGACGGCGUGUACCGCAUCUCCAGCACGCACAACAUGCUCGUCGUCCUCGGCUGUAACACCUUCGGGUUCACAGCGAGCGCGGGGAACUUCAAAGGGUGCAUGUCCUACUGCAACAGCUCGGGGAGCGCCGAGGACGGGAUGUGUGCCGGCGUCGGGUGCUGCCAUGUCGACAUCCCGCCGGGGCUCACCGACAGCUACUUCAGGUUCUGGGCGUACGACCACUCGGCCAUGAUGGACUACAGCCCCUGCGACUACGUAUUCCUCGUCGACAGGACCAACUACACCUUCAGGCGCUCUGACCUGCUCAUGGACAGGAACCGGACCUCGCCGGUGCGGCUAGACUGGGCCAUCCGCAACAAUGAUGCUAUGUCAGGCGCCGUAUUGUCGUGCUCCGACGCGGCCAAGAGCACCACCGAUCCGGAGUACGCCUGCAUCAGCGAUCACAGUGAGUGCGUUGACUCCAUCAAUGGGCCUGGGUACAGCUGCAGCUGCUCCGAUGGCUACGAGGGUAACCCCUACCUUGUCAACGGGUGCACCAGGUUUUGGCCCAGCUCCACUAUGCCGCCGAGUACAGUACGGCGACGAUGGACGACGAAGACGAUCUGACGAGACGCAUGCACAUACAACUGUACUUGCGCCGCCGAGGAACACGUACGAGAGAAACCAAGAUAGCCAAUCGAUUAAUCCAGCUAGCACUCAAUGUACCCAACGCAAAAGGCAAAACAGAUUGAUUGCCCGAGGCUCUUGUCGAGACUUGCUUUUUUUUUUUUUAAACAGAGACUUGGUUUGUUUAUUCCUCGUGGACAUGGUGCUCUACAAGUUCUGGUUAUUACCUUCCAUCAUAAGGCUCAAGGCUGUUGGCAAGGGAUCUUAAAUCUCAAUCUAAUGAAUAUCUCUUUAUUGGCAAAAUGGUUUUGGAACCUUUUUAAUGAGGAUGGAGUUUGGCAGCGAAUUUUUAGGUUGAAAUACCUGUCUUCAAAAACAUUUGGGCAUGUGGAAUCCAAACCUAGAUACUCCCAUUUCUGGCAAGGGUUGGUGGAGGCAAAAAAAAUGUUUUGGCCGUUCUGCAGAAUCAUGGUAGGAAAUGAGAUGAAUACGAGAUUCUGGGAGGAUCAUUGGAUUAAUGAUCAACCUCUAUCUCUUGUUUUCCCUAAAGUUUUCUCUAUCUCUCUAAAUCAUGAGAUUACUGUGAGCAAAGCUUUUGCCAUGGGGAUCAGGAAUCUCAAGUUUAGGCGAGUGAUCGUUGGUAAAAAAAAAGAUCAAUGGAUCCAAAUGUGUGAUGUUUGCGAUAUUGUGACAUUUUCAAAUGACCCGGAUAAACUUUGGUGGAAGUUAUCUAAAUCUGGGGCGUUCACUGUUAAAUCGCUUUACAUGGCACUUCAGAAUUAUGGUGUAGUCCCAUACAAUUUCAUUUGGAAGAUUAAAAUCCCUGCACGAGUUAAAACGUUCCUUUGG